UAUAAACGUGGUAGUAGUACCAAUAUCAAAUCAUAUCACUUAUUAAAUUGUCUCAAAAAAUAAAAAAAGUUUAACAUCAGAAAAAAUUAAAAAAUCUGUGCAAAAUUGACCCGCAAAAUUGUGCAUCAAGUCAGGCAAAUAAUGUAAGAGAUAAGGAAAGAUGGUUUUAACAAAAAGUCAGGCAAAAUCAGAGAGAAUGUAUGACCGUAUAUUUUUUUAUAAAAACAAUCCAUCUCAAAUCUUUAAUUAAUCUUUAAUUAAAAAAUACGGAGUAAAAGAAGAGAAAAUCAUAGGCGGUGCAAUUAGGAGAGUAUGGCCAAGAUCAGCUCGCCUGGCAAUCAUAGGCGGUGCAAUUAGGAGCUGAGUGUUUAAAUACUCCGUUGAACUAUUCUCAUUAUGAUCAUACAGAUAGAAAACCAGAAAACGGAGAGAAAAUCAGAGAGAAAAAUGGGCAAAGGGAAGUCAAAGAUCGAGAUGAAACUGAUCGAGUCACGGGCAGCUCGGAAUGUGUGUUUCUCCAAGAGGAGAACGGGGCUCUUCAAGAAGGCAUCCGAUCUGUGCCGCCUAUUCCCGGGAGUUAAAGUUGCCGCCGUCGUCUUCUCUCCGGCCGGAAAUCCGUAUGUGUAUGGCGACCCAACUGGGAUUUUCGACUCGCAGCAGCAUGAGCAGGGCGACGGCAGUCCUCUUUGUGCUCUGUUUCCUUCGCCCUUGUCCGGUGAUCCGGGAGAGAAUACUGCUUGGAACAGCGGCGGACCGUUGGCUGACGAAGUCAUUGAAGAAGUGAUCCGAGGGGUGCAGCAGAGGCAACUGCAGGGCGGGUGUCCUCCGCAAUAUCCUUCCCCGUCGUCUGUUCUGGCCGGGGGCGGUGGCCAUGUGAUUUGUGAACCCUGCUGCUAUUCGCGAAUUGAGAAGGAGACGCUGAAUACUCCUUGGGAAGAUGAUUGGCUGAUUAGUGGAGAAGACAUUGGAUCAAUGAUCCAAGAGUUGCAGCCGCAGCAGGGCGGCGGUCCCGUUUUUCCAGAAUGUUCCUCGCCGCCAUCCUCUGUUUUGGCUUCCUCCUCAAGUCAGCAGGGGACACUCAGAGAAGAAGAUGUGAGUUCAUGGAUCCAAGAGUUGUUGUGUUAGGGCCUUACUAUUUUGAAGUGUUCCAUCAUUUUUGGUUCUAGGCAUGCAUCCUGCACAUAACACCAUUACUAUUACUCUCUUCUGACUUUAGGGUUUAUAUGAGAAUUGUUAUUAUUAUGGGACUAAUGUAUAAUCAUACUCAUAAUGGCAAUUAUUGUAUGUAUUACAUGAUCUCACUUCCUUAUUUCAUUCAUUUGUCAUAUGUAUAGACAAAUUAUUAUCUCCAGAAUGAUUUUAGUGUGGUCAUUAAUUGUGAACUAUGUAUAUUCUAGUUCCAACUUUGAGAUGUUAUUAUUUAGUAGAUUCAUG